UAUUUUGAGGUUUUAGUUUUGUUUUUUUAACGUUUUCUGGUUGGUAUUUCGCCAUUCCUCCGUCCUCCCAUAUGUGCAGACGUGCCCUUCAACCGAUCUUGAACGUGUCCUCGGAUUACUCCUCUCCUCCGAUUGGUCGAUUUCUCGGCGCUGCAUCAAUGUCCUAGCACGGGAUUGGCCAGCGGCGCCGUCAAGCUACCCGGAUUCAGCACCCACCCCUCCCUGGUUAGGUAGCGCUUCUCGGCGCUGGCCUUUCUCUCGGCGGUGGGUCGGAGCCGCUGUGCCCGGCCUCGCAUGUUCGUUCCCCACCAAAUCGCGCUUCUAAAUUCGAUGCCCCGCUUGUAGGUGACUCGGUUUCGGCCUCCACCACGUAACUCGUGUCGUGUUCAUCGAGCCGCCCCUCGCGUUAACCAUGGCUGCGGUGAGCGGCUCAUCCGGGCCGGUGGCGCGGCUCGAGGGCCGCGAGUUCGAAUACGUGAUGAAGAAGCGCUCGGUGAGCAUCGGCCGCAACUCGUCGCAGGGCUCCGUGGACGUCAGUAUGGGCCACUCGAGCUUCAUCUCACGGCGGCACCUGGAGAUCUUCACGACCAGCGACGAAGGCGGAGGAGGAGACUUCUACCUGCGCUGCCUAGGCAAGAACGGGGUCUUCGUGGACGGGGUGUUCCUCCGCCGGGGUGCCGCUCCGCUGCAGCUGCCGCCGAUGUGCACGUUCAGGUUCCCCAGCACCAACAUCAAGAUCACCUUCACGGCUUUGUCCAGCGGCAGGAAGACGAGGCGCGAAGCCCCCGAGUCUCCCGUCAAACCGGCGCAGCCUCACUUUGCGCCGCUCACCAUCAACAUUCCCGACAACCUCGCCCACCUCAUGAGUCCGCUCCCCUCGCCCACCGGAACCAUCAGCGCCGCCAACUCGUGCCCGUCCAGCCCUCGGGGGGCCGGCUCGUCGGGGUACCGCAUGGGGGGGCGCAUGGUGAGCUCGGCCGAGCUGCAGCUGCUCAACGAGAACUCCCAGCCUGAAAACGAUAAGGACGCUUCGGGCGAAGACAGUCCCAAGGACGACUCCAAGCCGCCUUAUUCGUACGCUCAGCUGAUCGUUCAGGCCAUCACGCUGGCCCCGGACAAGCAGCUGACGCUCAACGGCAUCUACAAUCACAUCACCAAGAACUACCCCUACUACAGAACCGCCGACAAGGGCUGGCAGAACUCCAUCCGCCACAACCUGUCGCUGAACCGCUACUUCAUCAAGGUGGCGCGCUCGCAGGAGGAGCCCGGCAAAGGUUCCUUCUGGAGGAUAGACCCGUCGUCCGAGGGCAAGCUCAUUGACCAGGCCUUCAGGAAACGACGGCCCCGCGGCGUCCCCUGCUUCAGGACGCCGCACGGGCCCCUCUCCUCCAGGAGCGCCCCAGCUUCCCCCAACCACUCGGGGGUGCUGUCGGCUCACUCCAGCGGCGUGCAGACCCCUGACAGCUUGUCCCGAGAGGGCUCCCCGGUCCCCAUGGAGAUAGACACCACCUCCGUAGCCCCCGCUGCCCCCACCACAGUGGUCCAACCCAAACUGGCCGUCAUCCAAGAAGCUCACUUUGCACAGAACACACCAGGCUCUCCAGUCGGCAACCAGCCGGUGCUGAUCGCGCUGCAGGGUCAGCUACCUCAAAGCAUCAAGCCGGUCACCUACACCAUGGCGUCGCCGGUCAGCACCAGCUCCUCCCAGCCUGUCCAGACAGUCCAGACGGUCCACGUGCUGCAGCAAAUCCCCGCUGGCGCCGCCGCCGUCAUCACGCAGCCGGCCGCCGCCGUCGUCAUCAGCAAGAGCGAACUGCAGAUGCAGGAGAACGGAGAGCGAGCUGAUAGCAAAGUGAAAGUGGAGGCGGUGCCCAGUGUCACGGGUGCGGUGGGUCGCAUCAUCCAGACUUCGGCGGUGUCCGGGCCCGUGCAGACCGUCGCUAUCCUGGGUCAACACCAGCUGCCAGUCAAGACGAUCACGCAGAACGGAAACCACAGCAUCACCACCGCCAUACAGAGCAGCGGUCCGUCCGUGGCGAACCCGCUUCACCUGCUCGCUGACCACGCCUCCGCCUCGGCGUCACUGCCCACCAUCAAGCGGCAGAGCAGCGACCAGCAGGCGGGCGGCGGCGGUGCGCCGCCUGACGCCAAACGGGCCAAAACGGAGGAUGAGGCCAGGCCGGCGGACAACGGUAACAACUAAGCUCCUCAACGGAUACAUGCCACACCCCCCACCCAGCACCGAGGGAGCGUCCACCAUCACCACCCUCACCUGUCCUUUCUUUUACUUGUCUCGAGGGCUCCCCAAAAAAAGGAGGAAAUUUCAG